ACUAAAGCAAAAAAUAUGGUUUAAAUUUAAUUAAGAUACAUAAAUAUAAAACUAUAAUUAUUAGAAAAAUGUAUCAGAAAUUGGAGGAUCCCAAACAGCCCACAACUUUAGUGGGCAAAUAUAUAAAAGUAUUUCUAGUUGUAGCUCUAUAUUGGUGCAUUUCUAUUUUAACCGUUUUUGUAAAUAAGCAUUUACUUAGCAGCGAUAGUGUCAAGCUGGAAGCUCCCUUAUUUGUGACGUGGUUUCAGUGUGUUUUUAGUGCCCUAAUAUGUUUUGUUAUGAGUCGUUUAGCUAAACAAUAUCCCAAUGCUAUUAGUUUUCCCGAGGGAAAACCAUUGGAUAUUGACACUUUUCGAAAGAUAUUACCUUUAUCAAUUUUAUUUACCUUAAUGGUAGGUACAAAUAACCUCUGCCUGAAAUAUGUGGGAGUGGCAUUUUACUAUGUGGGCCGCUCUUUAACCACUGUCUUCAAUGUGGUACUGACAUAUGUUUUGCUGAAACAGAAAACCAGUUUCGGCUGCAUUAUCUGUUGUGCUGGUAUAGUGGCGGGUUUUAUGUUGGGUGUGGAUCAGGAAUCUCUGACAGAGUCAUUCUCUUGGCGCGGAACAGUAUUUGGUGUUUUGGGUUCAUUGGCUCUAGCUAUGUAUUCGAUACAUACAAAAAAGGCCUUGCAGCAUGUUAAUCAAGAAGUUUGGCUGUUAAGCUAUUACAACAAUUUAUAUUCAUCGAUUUUAUUUCUGCCAUUGAUAAUACUUAAUGGAGAAUUGGAGGCUAUAAUAACAUAUGAAAAUAUUUUUGAAUUUUGGUUUGUAUUAACCAUGUUAAUGGGUGGCAUGUGCGGUUUUGCCAUAGGCUUUGUAACAGCUCUACAAAUAAAGGUUACUUCACCUUUGACACACAACAUCUCGGGUACGGCUAAAGCUUGUGCCCAAACUGUGAUAGCUACUCAGUGGUAUAAUGAAACUAAAUCAAUGUUAUGGUGGACAUCAAAUAUUGUAGUAUUGGUGGCUAGUGGUGCUUAUACCCGAGUCAAACAAUUGGAAAUGCAGCGGCAACACAAUCGCACAAACGGUAUUGCCCAAAAAGCCUGAAUCAUAUUCUAUGUUUUGUACAUGUAAUGAGUUUUAUUUUAAGUGUAUUUUUAUUUUAUUUAUGACUUAUCUGAAAAUAAUAUUAUGAAAGUUUUUAGAGUUUUUUUAAGCUAAAUGAAAAUAAA